ACCGGAACAUUAUCGUCCUUUAGUCUCUCAGGUUGUCCUCACUUGGUCUGUACAUACACUGUUUGUUUUGUCUGUUUAUCUCAUUCAAACAAUGUCAUUUUGUUCUUUUUUCGGGAGGGAGUUAUAUAAAGAUCAUUUUAAACCCGGUAUAUAUGUUUGUUCCCAAUGUGGACAUCCACUCUUUUCGAGCAGAUCCAAAUAUGCCCAUUCCUCCCCCUGGCCUGCGUUCACAGAGACCAUCCGAGAGGACAGUGUAACAAAAAUGAUGGAGACAUUAACAGCCUACAAGGUUCUGUGUGGCAAGUGUGGUAAUGGACUAGGCCAUGAAUUUCUGAAUGAUGGUCCAGAGGAAGGCUUGUCACGUUUUUGAAUAUUCAGUCACUCGCUUAAGUUUGUCCCAAAAGAUAAGGUUGAUAAACAAUAAGCGAGUUGAUUGUCCAUGCUGAUAAGGCUGCUGUUGCAUGCACACUGGUAACAGGAUGUUCAGCUCAUGAAGUGGACAAGGAAAAGCCCCGAUUGGAGAUCCUUUUCACAGAUAUAUUAUGGACUUCCUGGACACCACAGAGAAAUUAGUUUACCUAUUUUUAUACUAGCCUGCAUAAGCUGAAAUGAACAUGUGCAAAAUGAAUGAAAAUGAAAUUAUUUAUUGAUAAAAUUAGUACGAAAUAUGAACCUGAAGUAAUUUCAGUGAUUAUUAUUAUUAUGAACAAUACAGUAAUUUUAACUAUACAAUAGCAUGUUAUUAAUUGAUAUUAUUUUUUGUUAAAACUUUUUUAUGUCAUUGAAUCCUGUAUGAAUCUUGUGUCUUUCAUUUGUGUCUGCCAUAGGAACAUAAUAUUUUGAAAUUCAUGUUUCUAUUACAUGGAAAGUUUUAAUUUGUUUUCCACUAUUAAAGAAUCAAAGCAG